UUUUCCGCGUUAUCUGUUGUGGUCAUUUUUCGCUUGGAUCUAUUAGGUGUGACGAUUUUUUAAAUAUUUUUGCGGUAUUGAGCUUGCUGCUGUGUUUCCACUUGUUUCUCGUAAUUAUUUCCUAUUAAUUUCGUUAUUUCGUGUGUUAGACUUAUCGUGUUGAAACAAAAGAUGUUUGUGUGAACUAUACCGUUGUAAUGGAUUUGUUUUCGGCCGAAGUUAACGCUGUUGUUGUGCGUAAUCGUCUUCGACGUAGUGUCUCAAAUUAAAAUUACUACCUACUCACUUGUUGUCAUGAAGCUUUAUUUUAUGGGACAAUUUUAACUUUCAUCCUAAGAGACAUAAGAAAAAAAUCAUGUUGCGAAUUAAAAAAGGAUUUUCGGAGCAGUUGCUCCAGAUGGCAUUGCUGUUAAGUCUUAUAGGCUACGAUCGUCUGUGGCCAACAUUUGGGAUAUGGCCUUCGGCACCUUCGGCCGAAAUAGAAGUAGGGCCUUUGGAUCAAUGGGGCGACGACAGCUAUUCAAAUGGCUUUGGUCCACUAACGCAAAUUCACCCCAAAAGUGUUGAUCGAUAUUUGGAUCGACAAUGGCUGUUAAACGAAUUGUUAUCGUUGGGUAGAUAUGGCGAUCGAUAUCCAUCAAAUAUAGAGGCAUAUUUGCUUAAUGUGGACGGCGACGAGAAUGGCAGAGACGAUCAGCAGCAGCAAGACUCGGGCGGUCAAGUUGUAAAAACUGAACCUAAAGAAAACGAUAAUGAAGACGAUGAUGUGGAUAGAGUAUUUGACACAGAUAUUGUUGAAGAUGUUUUUAUGCUUGCGCCAGAGGACGCCGAGCUUGUGGAAGCCCUUUGGAAAGUUGAUUUGGAUUAUGGAUUGGCUGGCGCCACAACCGAGAGUCGCGGACCUUCUCCUUAUAACGUUGGAUCUUUCUUGUUACCGGGUGACGAACCGCCAUCGCGCAAUCACACUUUCAGCAGUCCCUCCGGUUCGUCCCAUGGACGUUGGUACCUUCCACCACUGAAUACAAACUCGAGUGACUUAUCGCCAAGCUCCAGUUCAUUUCCGAGUCGAUUUGAACGCACCCUAAAUUCUGAUGGAAAUUCUUGGGAGGUCGGUAGUUUGUUGGUGGACCUCAGAACUACAGGCGAAAGUCGUUCGAGACGAGUGCCCAGUGAUAAUGAUACCGAAACGUCGGAUUUGGAUGCCGAUGAAUCUACUGAACACAGAAAUGACCGGUCAAGUAGUAACAAUACAUCUCCAAGCUUAACGCCAGGAUUUCGUGUGAAAGAAUCUCCGUGGUACGAACCAUCGUUCGAGUUUGACUUUGAUGAACUUGAAUCUUUUGCAGACAUGAUGCAGUGUUAUUCUCAACCACCGCCAUCUUCCAGGCAUUUCCAAGGCAGGAUGGGCUACACAAGAACGGGCAACAGUGGAAUGGACCAGCGGGGCUGGCAGGACUUGGCUACGUGCAGCCCGAUGCUGGCGUUCCCGGUCGAAGGACAGCACCACCAUCAUCAGCCCCAUUACGGCCAGCACCCGUCCAGCGCGCUCAGUUACCCGCCCGGGCCCGGCAUGUAUCACCAUCCGCAUCACCACCAACACCACCACCAGCACAACAAUCACAACAGCAACAACAACACGGGAAACGUGUUGUUGCAGAACGUGAGCCUGUGCGCGCCUCCUCCGCCACCACCUCCACCAGCGUCCACGUCCAUUGACAUGGGCGGAGGCCACGCGACCACGUCUUCGUCGUCGUCCCUAUCACACUAUCAUCACCACUCUUCGUCGAUCGGUGUGUCGACCAACUGCAAUCUUAGUUCAGCCGUUGCCACUUCGCUUCACUUACCCGGCAGUUCAUCCGAACAGCCUACAGCGUUCAAGACAGAACCCCAUCAACAUGAAAUGAUGUUUCCCUAUCAGAAUCACAAUAAUGAAAUGGCUCCUUCAUCGGAUGGACUUUUGUCGUCGAUAUUAAACGACGACGACUUGCAGCUUAUGGACCCAUCGAUGGGUGCGGACGGUGGCAUGUACCCGGUGCGGAUGAUGGACACAGCUAGUAGCUCGGUGCCGUGCAACAACAACACGAUGAACACCGCAACCAUGGUACAAAACGGUAACGCGGGCGGUGGUGACUCGGACAGCGCCGUUAGUUCAAUGGGCUCAGAACGCGUGCCCUCGUUGUCGUCAGACACCGAAUGGAUGGAAACCAACUCGGACAGUGGACAUAAUGAAGGGUACCCAUCCCACUCCCACCAAGAAUAUGGAAAAAUGAGGUGGUUAGACAAUUAUCUGUAUUCCGGAAGUCGUGGUCAUUCGGCUGCUCCACAAAAGAAAUACCAGUUGUACGGAAGGCGUCUAACAGAUCCUGUAUCAGGAACCCCGAACGCCACUGAAACGACAAGGCCGAAUCACGUUGGUCUAGUGCCCGAUUCAUUGAACCUGCCGUAUGAUAUGUCCGUCAGGGAAGGUAUUCCAGUGCCUGGUUCUUCACAGUUUAACAGGCACAUGGCUGGUUGUUCACGUGUGAUGACGCCCGAACACCAAGUGGCUCUCAACCAUACGUAUGCACUACCUGCUGAAGGUCCCAGGACACCGCGUAACAAGUUCAAGAGCAGCAGUAAGAGGAGCGAGGAUGAACAACUAACAAGAGACGAGAAGAGGGCCAGAAAUCUGAAUAUUCCUAUCAGCGUCGACGACAUAAUCAAUCUUCCCAUGGAUGAAUUUAACGAGAGGCUGUCCAAGUAUGACCUAUCUGAAAGUCAACUGACAUUGAUUAGAGAUAUUAGACGUCGAGGAAAAAACAAGGUGGCUGCUCAAAAUUGCCGGAAACGUAAGCUGGAUCAAAUCCUCAGUUUAGCCGACGAAGUAAAACAAAUGAAAGACCGAAAGUUCAAUCUGUUACAAGAACGUGAAUACUUAAUGACCGAACGUAUGAGAGUCAAAACCAAAUAUGAUCUACUUUAUAACCAUAUAUUUGCAAGUUUAAGAGAUCCUGACGGAAAUCCGUACUCACCGUAUACUCAUACGCUGCGUGAGCAGCCAGACGGCAGUGUUAGUAUUGUACCCAGAAAUAAUGGUACCCAAAGCGAUCGGAAUCCUCGGUCUAAGCAACACAAGGACAAGUAAUCUUAAAAAUUACUUGAUUUCCGGUUAUAUUUUUAUACCUAAAUGCUGUGAUAAAUACUAUGGGUGGUCAAAUCACCUCGAAAUUAUCAGGGAGCCGUGUGUACUUAAUAAUUUUGCUCAAACAUAAUAUUAUACACUUUUUUACAUUUUAAUCCCAAUGACAUCAGAUUAAUUAGACAACUCCUUGAUAAAAACUUUAUUAAAUUAUUUUUAAAAUAAGCUAUUAUUAUGUUAUAUAAAAAAAAAUUAUGAAGUUAUUUAAAUUAACGAAUCUUAAUUAGUUUUUUCCUUUUUUCUUUUGUAUAUUUGCAAACUAUUUUUUACUUGACUCGCAUAAAAAUAUUUCACAGAACAAAUAUUUUGCUCAGUCACAUAAGAAAAAUUUCUCAUAGUUAUAUGUUGCGUUUUUAUUUUUCUUAAUUAAACUUUGUCAUUUAUUGAAUAGGGAAACGGAUGGUAUUGGUUGAAUUUUGAGAAUUCAUUAUAAUUUAUUUAUAACUUGGUGAAUUUCUAUAAUUUAUUGUAAACUAUUUUUUUUUUUCUAACCACGAUGUGUUUAAAAUAAAAUA